AUGCAUGGCCUGAGUCACGUGUGGGUUGGAGGAUUCAUGUUCGUCAUACGGAGUAUCCAACUUAGCCUGCUAGGAGGCGGUGCAGUAGAAGAUGACUGGCAUUUACUCGGCGCUGGAUUAAUUCAACCCGCGGACCAUGCCGAACUCUGCCAUCCUACGCAGUCUUGGUACGGUGAGUCCAAACGAUCCGAUGUUUUAUCUUCACCAUGCGUUCGUCGAUUAUUUAUGGGAGCAGUUUCGGCGGAAGCAACAGACGCCAGAACAAAGAGAAAAGCACAAUGGGCUAAGGAUACCUGCAAUUCUCUGCAUGGAUAUGACGAACAGAUGAAACCUUUUCGACUGCAGAACCGUGAUGGACUCAGCAAUCAAUACACCACUGAAUGGUAUGAUUAUGAGCCGGUGAGGCAUUGUAACGCAUCGAAACCGGACUGCGAUUCUCCCUACUAUUGGUGUGAUAUGAAGGCAUGGCGUUGUCGAAGCAAGGUGGUUCUUGGUGGUAAUUGUACCGGUUUCGAAGGAACAACAAUCUGCUACAACUCAACCUGUCAGAGCGGUCGCUGUCAGCUUCCACCUCGCCUGCUGCAAUCGAUGCGAAGUCGUAAGUCGGUUGAUCCGCCAUCGGGUGACUACGUGUGGACGAAAACCUUACUCAUUGACCAGAACGGCAAAGGCAUUCGUGAUGACCUCGCUCAUGUCAAAAUUAUCAAUCAGAUCACUUCCGAGAAUUCGACAGCGUAUCAGCAGAGCGAGCCUCAAUAUCCGGAAAUCGAUGGAGUUGUCUACCUACCAGUGCCAAAACCACGAGCCGGAAUGAUCCAAGAGGUGACGCUAGAAGCUCGUGAUGGCUUUGGACGGUAUUGCCAGGCUCACUGUUACAACGUCACCGAAGAACGCUAUCAGGUAGCGUAUGUCACCAAAGCUGAGAACUCGUAUUCGAGACCGAAUCGCUCACCGCUAUCUCUACACCGACACCGAAUGACAUCAAGAAGGUUUCUGGAUGUCGACCUCUCCGCGCAUCCUCGACAAAUCACGAUCUCUGCUCCAUUCAUUGUUUUCGCCUGUUCAAGAAAGUUGAUGACGUCUGCCAUGAUCACCUCAUUGGCUGAGAACACUCGGCCGCCUCCAUCCCGCGAACCGCACGUAUGGUUCCGUGUAGCCGUUCAUAGUCGCCUAUCACAAAAUUUACAGAUUGAAGUCGCUCCAACUUCUGGCGAAAAAUGGUCGUCUUCCGUACGAAAAGCUGCUUCACCGUUCGAUCCGAAUCUCGUCUUCGUACAGGCGCCCAAUCCUGAAAUCAGCAGCGGUGGUGGUGUACAGGUGACCGUCAGCAUACUAGAAGGUGGUGCCAGGAUCAAAUGUUCCAUCAAGUGCACAAGAAAGGAUGGCUCCAUCCACGACUGCAAAGGCUCCGUCGAUUUGCAUUCUGAACCGGCUCUUUCCCAAGAGGACGUCUUCACCAGUGAUCAAGCAGCUCUCCAUCUGCUCGGGUGGAAUAUGCGCGGUCAUCCGGCUCAGUGGAGUCACAAAGUACCGUAUCUUUCGUUCACCUGUUAG